AUGCCCAAAACUAUCUCUAAAACUCCCAAAUCAGCCCCAGUUGUAAGGGUCUCGAAGUUGUCCAAAUCUAAGCCCUCAAAAGAGAACACUCUGUCAAAGUCAUUUGCCGAAGAAAACUCAGAUAGACCCAUAACAAAAAGAGGGCAGAAAUUGAAUAAUAACCCUCGUCCGUAUCAGCGGCAAUCUGGAAAAAAAGCCGGUUCUAGAACCGCGCAAAAGUCGAAAACUUCUUCGGUUCUGAACAAUGGGGGCGAUCCCGUGAACAAGUCUGAAGGAGAAGAACUGGCGAGGGUGGUUGGUGACGUGGGUAAGGUCACCGAGCUCAAACCAUUGGGUGCUCAUGCAACUUAUACUCCUUUGACUAAGAUAGCGAGUGGGCCGGGUUUGGAUUUUGAAAUUGGUAAGGUUGUGGAGGAGAACUCAAACAGGAGCAAUAGCAAGACACCUCCUAUUAUGGCCUCUGUGUCGCCUGAGAUACAGUGCGGAUCAUCCGUGGUCUCGACCACGAUAACUCCCGGUUGUUAUGGUGCUGGUCACAUUGUUUCUGGGGUCACCGACAAAAGGAAGUGCAGGCCUAGAGGGAUUCUGACUGUAGGAGAAAAUGAUUCUGGGUUUGGUAGCGUUAAGCCUUUUGAUAGUUUUGAUGAUUUCGAAGACGUUGUUGGGUUUGGUAAUGAUUCAACUGUGAUCCCUGAACCAGCCGAGGCUUCAAUGCAUUGGGUUUUAUCUCCAUUUAACGAGGAGGAAGAGGAUCAAAAGGAGAAUUCUGAAAAUGGGUCGUGUAGAUUGCAGAGGUUAGGAGGGUCUGCCAUAGUCCAUUCUCCUUCCUCACCUGCAACUGUUCAUGAGUUUUCUUCAGAUCUAUGUAGCGAUCGUAAUACGGCUAGUACUACUGAUAGUAACAGAAGAAGAAGCACUUUAAUUUCUCCAAAUCGACUUCCUGAAUUUGAUGGAUUAGCCGUCAUGUCUUCUCCCCAUGCAACAGCUAGUUGGGGGGCCAUCACCUUAAAAGAAGGUAAAGAAAAUCGUUGUGAUCUUGAACCUGAGAAUUCUCCAUUCUCCAUGAACUCUUUGUGUAGUGGAAAUGUUAUGCAAACCCCACAAUCAGACUCAAGCUCAGGUAGACUUUGCCUAUCAUGGUUGAAUGAAGAGAGUUACAAGAAACAUGACUUUGAAUCUGAACUCAAUUCGGCGGCUGAAGUUCUUCAAAUGACAACAUUGUCUCCCAAAAGCCAAAUAAUUGGGGAUCCUGUUGACUCAAGUUUCCGGUUUGAUUGUCUAACUACUUCUUCCAACUCCAUAAAUUUUACCCAAUUUCCAAAAAACUUGGACGAUCAAGCUUCUUGGAUUUCUAAUUCUACUUUAGAUAACGUGUCACAAUCCCAGAUGAGAAUAUCGUGGAGGGAAGGAUUAGUUAGCCAGAUUUAUGAGAUCGAUGAUUCCGACUGUUGCCGAUGCUUGUCAGAUGAGGAGGAAGAUGCCAAUAACUGCAGUAAUGACAGGUUAAAACCCCAUCAUAAUCCUGUGGCCUGUGUUGAUGUAGCAAGUGAUCAUAUAUUAACUAACUCUAGGACUGCUGAAUAUGUGGAUAACGAUUCCAGAACUUAUGGGAAAGGUAAAGGACAGUUUUGUCCGCAUAUAUCAUGUUCUUGUGCAGAAUCCAUAAGCACUGAUGGUGGUGGCCUUGUUGCUUCGAGGGAUUCAGAUUGGACUCUAUGA